AUGGAAAUCUUCGACAAAUUUUUUGCUCUGCAGCAGUCAGAAGGUAGCCGUCGGCUUGGGCUGGAAACUCAAAGCCAAUACAGGGAACGAUGGAUCUCAAUUCGUGUUAUCUACUACAUGGGAUUCCUGAUAUACUUUGCAUUUGGAGUUGUAGCGACUAUGCUGUGGCCUUAUUUGAACACUCUGGAUCCUAACGCUGGGAAAGUUUUCUUGGCUUAUGUUUUUGCAAUUCCAGCAGUACUUCAACUCAUUUUUAGUCCAGCAUUUGGCUGGUGGAAAAACAAGGUUUCAUCAAUUAGACUACCAAUGACUGUUUUAUUGAUUGCAUUUAUUGGUGGUCAUGUGCUUUACGCUACCCUUGAGUGCAUUCCAACGAAUAGAAAGUAUAUGCUUGUGCUGUCACGAGGUUUUGUAGGACUGUCAUCCGUGUCCUGUACGAUCUAUAGAGCAUAUAUAUCCUCAGCGACGGCUGUCGCUGAAAGGACGAAAACCAUGUCGUACCUUUCGUUGGCUCAAACCGCCGGUUUGCUAGCUGGAUCAGCAAUGCAGCCAAUAUUUUCAAUUCUUGGCGAAGAUGGGAUUCUCGUAUUUGGAGUAGUGCACUUUAAUAUGUACACUUCAAUUGGAUGGUUUUGUGCUCUGCUUGGAUGCGUCAACCUGGUUCUAAUGCAACCCUUCAUAUUCAAAGACCACAAUAUUGCAGUGCGGGAAGCGAUGAAAACGCACAACACUGCACUCUCUAAGGAUCUGCUGAAAACACUGGAGCUGAGAUAUUUGCCAAUUGGUCUAAUGUGUAUGGCCUUUGCGUGGCAGAUGUUUACCUACUCUGGCUUUCAAACGUAA